CCAGAUGUCGCUUGCGACAUUAGCAAAUGAAAGACGCGCUGUGAUUGGCUGACUGUACGCUAUUCGGGCUAUAAGUGCAGAAGUAAAAUGUAAGAUAAUGUGUGUUUCAUCGAGAAUAACUAGAAGUGGAAAACCUAAUCGCAUUUGAGACACCGCAUACAUCAUCUUACACACACACAUAGACACGCAACAUACACACCCGCGCUCGCACGUACGCUAGAUUUAAGGCAGAAAGUGGGUGGAACGGGAGAAAAGAGCUGGAGAAAGAUCAGAAGAUCAUAACAGAAACAAACGGAUCGAUCAGCAUAUAUAAUGAGCGGUCGUGGCAGUCGAAAACGAGGACGCCCGCCAAAGACGCCAAAUGAGCGUUCAUCGUCGGGACGUUUCAACUAUCAACUGCUCAAGAAGCCCAAAUAUCUCAGCGAAGGCAAAUCACAGCCAAGCACGCCGUCAGCAUCACGAUGCAUCUCGCCCCAGAGCGAUGAGUGCAGUCGCAGCAGUCACAAUAAUCGCGGCAGUGCUCGGGGCUCCGGCGCCAAGCGAGGACGCGGACGCAAAUCAAAUGUACAUGCAAACACCAGCACCAACAGUUAUUCGGCCAGAAAAGGCUACGAAUCGGAAUACCAUUAUGGGUCCGAUUUCGGCGAUUCGGACGACGAGAAGUCGGACAAUGAAGACGAUAUGCUGCUGACGCCUAGCGAUGACGAGAGUCUGGAUGCUGCCAACGAGAGCGAGUCGGAAUUUUCUGUCUGCAGUUUCACACAAAACGGCCUCGGAAGGCCGCCACGUCCGCCCAGUCCAGAGCCCAUUUGGCUGCAGGAGGGCAGAGAGUUUCCUGCGUUGGAGUUACCGGAAUCAUCGGAAGAUCUAUUCAUUGGGAAUGCGCAUGUGUUGCGCGCUCUAAGUAUUUAUGAAGUAUUGCGACGUUUUCGUCAUCUGGUACGUCUCUCACCGUUCCGCUUCGAGGACUUUUGUGCGGCUCUGGUGUGCGAGGAGCAGAGUGCUCUGCUCACCGACGUUCACAUAAUGCUGCUCAAGGCAAUCUUACGCGAGGAGGAUGUACAGGGCACCCAUUUUGGUCCGCUCGAUCAGAAGGAUACGGUUAACAUCAGUUUGUAUCUGAUCGAUGCCAUCACCUGGCCCGAAGUGUUGCGCAGCUAUGUGGAAAGUGAUAAGGAAUUCGAUCGUGACGUCUAUCAUAUCCUUUGCUCCGGUGAAUAUCCGUAUUCGGGUGUCGAUAAUCGUUUGACUGUGCUGCAAUUUCUGGGCGAUCAAUUCCUCACUGCCAAUUGUGUGCGUGAUGUGAUGGUCCAGGAGGGACCCAUUCACUAUGACGAUCAUUGUCGUGUGUGUCAUCGUCUCGGCGAUUUGCUGUGCUGCGAAACAUGCCCGGCUGUCUAUCACUUGGAAUGCGUCGAUCCGCCCAUGAACGAUGUGCCCACCGAGGACUGGCAGUGUGGCUUGUGUCGCUCCCACAAGGUAUCCGGUGUGGUGGACUGUGUGCUGCCGCAGGAGAAGCAAGGUGUGCUCAUCCGUCACGAUAAUCUGGGUGUCGAUCGUCAUGGUCGUCGCUAUUGGUUUAUUGCGCGUCGCAUCUUUGUCGAGGAUCAGCUCGAUGGCACCUGCUGGUAUUACAGUAAUCAGGCCAAGUUUGAGUUGCUUCUAAAGCGCAUGGAUGCCACCGAGUUGGAAUCGCGACUGUAUGUACAGUUAACUGAUCGCCAGGAGGAGAUUGAGCGUCAGAUGAAGUUAACCGAAUCGCUGACAAACGAGCACAAACACAACAACAAACGCACCCAAAUCGAUCUCGAGCAAGAGGCUACACAAGAACUGCUCGAAAAGGAGGCAGCAGCGGCAGCUAAUGAUGAGGAAGAAAAUGACGGAGAAUCUUCUCCGCCGGCUGAGGUAGCUAAAAAGGUCGCGGAGGACAAUAAGAUGGUGACACGCCAGAAGACGAAUCAAAUGAACAGCGGCACACUCUACUUCAAGCUGGGCAUGGAGCAGGGCUUUAAGAACUAUGUCAAUCAAUAUGCCACCAAUCCGAUAGCCCUGAACAAGCCGCAACGCAACGAGGAGCGCGACAAGCGUCGCCAUUUGUCGCACAAAUUCUCGCUAACGACUGCAUCGGAUUUCAAAUGGAUUGGCAUUACGAUGGGCACUUGUGACAACAUUAUUACAACGCUGCGCCAGACGCUCAUCAAUUUCGAAUCGAAUAUUGCCGCCUCCUUUAUGAAUCCCAACUGGUUGAACAACAAAAAGAUGUGGAACAGCGCCGUAAUGAAUGCGAAACGAGCCACAGAUUUCGGUGCCGUAAUGCUGCUGUUUCAGUCGUCACUCAAAAGCGUUGUCUUCGCCAACGUGUGGCACGAGCAGCUGGGACACAUGCAAUUGCAACGCAUCACGAGUGCAGAGCGUGAGGAGCGCAAGAAGCAGGAGAAACGCGAGAAGCGUGAACGCGACGAUGAGGAGGAACGCAAUCGCUUGGCCUUCAACUACAUUAAAUACUCGCUGGGCCUGAAGCACCAGGUGUGGAAGCAAAAGGGCGAGGAGUAUCGUGUCCACGGCCAAUGGGGAUGGCUCUGGUUGUCGAGCAGUCGCCGUUGCGGAGUCCGUGCACGACGCACGCGCGCCCAGCCGUUGACCCACGCUCGCAUCUAUGUGCAUUAUUCGAUGGGCGAGGAGGAGACGGAGACGGCUGUCAAUGAGAGCGUGCUCGUUGAUCCGCGCACACAGCGCUUUAUGCAGCAAUGUGAAUCGAUUCACAGCGAGGGACAGAUUUGCCAUUAUCUUCCCGAGAACCAUACCAACAUCAAGGUCUAUGAGGAUGUGGGCGAUCGUGUGGCCGGUCACAUUGAUGUGAGCAAAGCCCUGACAGCACCAGGACGACAUUACUACCCGAAGGUGGCACGCAAAUGCCGCCUGGAUGAUUUGCUGGAGCGUCGCACAAAAUUGGCCGAGGUGGAGCAACAAAUCGCCUUCAAAUCGGAUGUGGAAAGCGAUGUCAAACCGCUGUUGAUUACAGCGAGCGCCGCGAACAACAAACAAACGUAUCUGGAGAAGCGUUUGAUGCGUCUCACCGAAUCGGCGGGUCCCGGCAAGAAUCUGGCCACCACUGUGAAUUUCGAUCUUGUCAAUUCGCUGGCCAAGCAAAUCCAAACAGUGCGCAUGCAAUUCAGUCAGCUGAAUCGCUUUGCGAAGACUUUCCGCUGCUACACCAAGGAGUGCAAUACUAACUCAAAUGCCGUCUCACAAAUCACGCAAAACACUUGCUAUUCCCCGCUCUGUCUGCAGAAGGCGCGUGCCAAGAAGGAGCUGCUGCUGCUGCUACGCAAGGCGCACACGGCAGGCAACGGCUCGAAGGAGACUGUUGCCGCCAUUCUGGGUGCUGUGAAGAAACCACCGUCCAUACUCGAGCAGAAGCUCACGGAGGGCAAGAAGGAAGCGGUGCAGCUGACGCUCGAGGAGGUCGAUGAGCACAACAAAACGCUUGAGUCGGAGGCGCCGCUUGACUUGCUGCACGACUGGGAUCAGGCGCGUCAGCAUGCCGUUGCCUUUAGCGAGCAGCUGCUCAAGGAUUGCCUGCUGCUCGAGUCGGAGAAGGAGCCAGCUGCCGAGAAAGUUGCAGUUAAGCAGGAGGAUGCCAGCAUAAAUCCCGAUACGAGCACACAAGACUCGGACAAAAUGGAUUACAUCGAGAGCAUGGAUGUGUGCAGCAAUGUGGAGAUCGAGAGCACCGAAGACUCGUUGGCCGCAGCAGCGAGCGCCGCCAGCUCCACAGCGAAUGCCGAUGAUGUGGACAUAUUCGCAAACACUCGACGCAAGCGCACACAGAAGCCGAAGAAGGCCUACAUUGGCACCAAGGAUGUGCUCGAUCAGACGCUCGACAAGGACAUACCGUUGAACAAGCAGAAUCGUCGCUUCCCCAUCACAGCGCGUCCCGUGAAGCGCGAGGAUGUCACCAAGUAUGAACGCGAAUAUUUUGAGAAUGGCAGCGAACGUGUUUACUCGUCCACAUCAUCGCGAGGACGCGUCUAUUUGCUGCGCGAUGCGGCCAAGCUGUAUGAGCAAUCGGUCAAGGCAGAGGACAAGACAAAGGUGGUAAAGAAUGCGACCUAUGCACGCUAUCCGCUCAUCUCCAACUUCUUGACGCAUAAGCAAAAGCGAAGUCUCUUGGUCUUGCCACGUUACGAGCUGCUGAAAUUGGCUCGUUUGGCGGGCAAAGCUCCCAGCAGUGGCUUCCAUCAUGGGGCGAAGAACAAUUCCAUUUGGCAGUAUCAAUGUUCGCGUCCAUUGUUCCGCACCUGUUGGUCUUAUCGUACAUCGAAUGCCACCACAUUGUCGAGCAUUGCGCUGCAGUUGCGCAUUUUGUGGUCGUGUUUGCGCUGGGAUGACAUGAUUGCCAAGUCACCGUCCACCGAUGGCAAGCAUCAGGUGACCACCGAGAACGAGAUUGUCACAUUGGAGUUGCUCAAGUUGCGUCACGCUGGUCGCUAUGGCGAAAAGACGAGCUAUCUGCGGCGCAAGGUCGUCAUUCCACUGGAGAUGCCAAAGACUAUUCGAGAGGUCACAUCGAUACGUUCUGGCUUGCGCAAACGGAAGCGUGCCGAGUCGCCGCAGCCCACAGAGCCGCAGAUUAGCGAGGAAUGGGUGGACGAGGACAAGCUGGAGCUGUGGGAAAUCAAGUUCAUUGGCGAGAAGCAGGAGAAGGCACGCCUCGCAACCGUCACGCGUUCGGUGGCCUCGCGCCAACUCGAGGCAACCAAUGGCGGUGCUGCGAAUAGCCCCAGCAAUGGCAGCCCGGCUGGUGGACGUGUGCUGUUGGCACCGAAGCCCAACGAGGAGGUCAAAGACAAAAUGGAGCAGCAGCUCAAGUUACAACGUGCCGCGCAUCAGCAGCGCAAGAUACUCAACUCUAGCGGCGAAGUGACGCGCUCAUCAACGCCAGUUAAGGGACAAGUGAUUGGCAGCCGACGUGUGAUAGUAAAGAAUCCGGAUGGCACCACGCGCAUCAUUCAGCAGGCUGUGACGCAAGUGCCGCGCACAGUGACGACAGCCACAACGGCAUCAUCAUCGAGUCCAGCACCCUCCAAUGCAGCACAAUCGAAUGCCAGCACAUCAUCGUCCACAACCUCGACGCCGUCGGCAACGCCGCAUAAAGUACAAAUCAUACGUGGCCCAGAUGGCAAAGUCAGUGUGCGUGGUCUCAAUCCCGGCCAGCAGCUGGUGCAGAUGCCCGAUGGCAAGUUGCAUGUGCUGACAACGACACAAGCUUCGAACGUCGCCACGCCAGUGAAAGGGAAAUUGCCAAUUAAAACGCUGGCAACUGGAGGACAAACCCCACAGGCGGUGGCAACAACAACUGCUGGCUCAGCUGCUAACACGCCGGUGAUGAAACAAAUUGCAUUGAAGCAUGUUGCCAAAACGCCGGCGACCCAAACGUUGGCAACAUCACAGCGUGUCACAUUGCCCUUGGCGCAGGUGAGGAAUAAAUUGCUCUUGGCGCAACAGCAACAAGCACAGCAGCAGCAACAACAACAACAGCAGCAAACGACGCCAACAGUUCAGAAAUUAGUGUCGAAAGUGGUGACAAAUGCGUCGCCAUCGCAGCAAGUGUUUGUGCAGCAAGGCUCCAAGUUGCUGGUGACACAAGGAGCGCAGGGUCAAAAGGUAAUCAUAUCUGCAGCCCCGAGUGCACAGCAGCAACAACAACAGACACAGCAGAGCACUGCCACAGUCCAGCAGCAACAAAUUGUGCACACACAGACAAUACAACAGCAGCAGCAGCACAUACAGCAACAGCCAGCCCAACAGCAGCAGCAGCAACAACAACAAAUUGUGGUCAAUCAACAGGUGGGCGCACAGCCCACACAGAAGGUGAUACAGCAGAUUGUCAAUACCAGCAAUGUGCAGCAACAGAUUGUGGUGGGCGGUCAACGCAUCAUUUUGAGUCCGGGCCAAACGAUUGUCACGCAACGCAAUGUGCCGCAAAGUCAAGCAUUGCAGAUGGUGCAGCAGCAGAUACAAACGCAGCAGCAGCAGCAAACAACCACCCAGCAUGUUGUGCAGCAGCCACAACAGCAGCAGCAACAGCAAUUUGUGGUCCAAACCAAUCCGACUGUGCAAGCGGCGACGCCCACAACCCAGACCAAGGUGGUUAAGCAGAUUGUGGUGCAGCAGCCACAGCAGCAACAACAACAACAGCAGCAAGUUAUUGAAGAGAAACCACAAAGCAGCGCAGCCGAAACAGCUGAGGCAACCACACAGCAAGUGUUGGUGCCAAACUCGACGCUGGCACAGCAAUUGGCGCAGGGCAAACUGCAGGUGGCAACGAUCAAUGGGCAGCAAGUGAUUGUCAAACCAUUGGGCAACAAUCAGGCGCAAAUUGUGGCACACAUCAAGCAUCAGGGCGAUGGAAAUGCGCACAUUGUGACGAACAAUGCAACGCCGGCCGUAUCGCAAGCGAGUCCCCAAGCUUCACCCGUCAAACUGCCCACACAACAGCAACAGCAGCAGCAAACUGUGGUGCAACAAGCGCCACAGCAAGUUGUGCAGCAAGUGCAGCAGGUGACCCAGCAGCCGCAGCAACAGCAGCACAUUGUGCAACAGGUGGUGCAGCAAGCGCAGCCAGCAGCACAGCAACAACAGCAGUUGAGUGUGGAGGAAAGUCUUCUACAGAAUCAACCGCCUGGCACAGUGAUCAAAUGCGUAACUGCCCAAGUCCUGCAAACGGAGCACGGACCACGUAUAGUGCUGCAAGGUCUGGUGGGCAAUGACUUCACAGCUCAACAGCUGCAGCUAGUGCAGACGCAAGUCAAGCAGCAGUUAAUGAAAGCGCAAGAAUCAAAUGGCAAGCUCGGUGUUUUAGGGCCAACAAAAAUUUAUCUUGCUGUGCAGCCGGAAACUGCGGCGCAAUCAUCGCAGCCGCCACCAUUGACACCUGUGCAUCAAUCGGCGACACAUCAACAAGUUGCUCGCAACUCAAAUGAUUGUGUUAAAAGAAAACAUUCUGUCUUGCAAGAAACUGGCGCCAAGGUGAAAGCUGCAACCACCGAUGCUGCUGCAUUAUGCCAUACUAAUAAAAAUAAUGCUAAGAAUAAUGAUGACGGUGACGAUGUCGACGACGACGAUGAUGAUGAUGAAGAGGAGAUUAUAGUUGUGUGCAGUCCGCCACGCAAGAAGGCUGCGAUAUCAAGAUUUACGAAGCACCGCACGUUGCCUUUGCCGCCUCUGUUUAAUGAUGAUGUUGCAUGCCCCUCAUCUGAUCAAAGUAGUCUUAAGUCCCAAGAAAGUAAUGAUGGAAGUGCGCAAGAUUCCCAGCUAGCUGUAGUAGUUAAUAAUGCCAAACAAUCUAAUCAAGAUCAAGCCGUAAAAUUAAAUCAUUUUGAUAGUGCUAAAGCCGCCAAUCGAUGUCUAUUACAGACUAACUCCAACACCACCAACAACACCAACAGCAUCAGCAGCAACAACAUCAUUUGUGAGAACAACGACGCCGCCACGGCUUCAGCUCUUGUCGAGAACAACGACGACCAGAACAACCACAACCACAACACAACUGCCAGCGGCGGUGAAUCCAUUGAGCUGCUCGAGUCCAGUGGCUUUGCCCAAGCUGAUAAGCAUAGCUCGACCGGCAGCAGCAACAACAACAACUGCAACAACAGCUAUGCCAACAACAAGGGAUCAGCAGCAGCAACUGCUGCGACACUGGAAGGCGUAGAAUAUGCCAACGAGCAGAGCGAGAAUUUUGUCGUCACCAGCGGGUACAUACAAGAAUCCAUUUCAAAUGCCCUGAAACAAGGCAAUCUAAGUCCAGAGCUUGAGGAGAAACUGGUGAAUAUGCGCAAAAAGCAGGAGCUAAACAAUUCCCAGAACUUGGGCGAAUGGACGCCAUCGACGCACAGAUCCAACACUCUGGUGGACGGGGCUAGCACAUCAUCGCGUCGUCGCACCGCUUCGACGCGUCACAACAACAACAAUGACGAUGAGGAGUGGAAGCUACGCACGCCAUCGAAGCGUCAGCACACCGUGUCCAACAGCAGUCAGCACAAUAGCAACAACACCGCGGUGCGCAACAAUCGCAAACCGUUGCCGCUUGAGGAUACCGCAAAUCUCAGUGAGCCGAAGCAAACGCAGCUGGAGCGCCACAAGGAUUUGCUGAAGAAGAGCAUUUUACGCAAGCGAUCGCUGCUCGAGCGCAAUUUGCAGAAUGAGAUACGCGAAGAAGUCGAGGCCAAGGUGAAGCGACAUGUGCGCACGUUGAGCACUUCAACGCCGCCACGCAAGGAAAUUGAACGCUCCUCAGUGUACACUGAGCGAUUGGAUCAAACGAUUAAUGAGCCGAAGAAAAACAACCCGAAGCCGCCAACCGCUGCACGCACGUUGUCCUCCGAGCCGCCAACAUCGCUGCACAGCCGGCAGAGCGUAGGACGACCCAAGAAGAUGACCAGAAAGAAGGAGAAGCUGUAUUGCAUUUGCCGCAAGCCCUACGACGACACCAAAUUCUAUGUUGGUUGCGAUUUGUGCAGCAAUUGGUUCCACGGCGAUUGCGUCAACAUCACCGAGGAGGCUUCGAAGAAACUCACCGAAUACAUUUGCAGCGAUUGCCAGAAGGCGCGUGAAACGCAGCAGCUUUACUGCAGCUGCCGCCAGCCAUACGAUGAGUCACAAUUUUACAUUUGCUGUGAUAAGUGCCAGGACUGGUUCCAUGGCCGUUGCGUUGGCAUUGUCCAAAGCGAGGCCGAGUACAUAGACGAGUAUGUCUGUCCCGACUGCCAACGCAAUUCCGAUGCAAAUACGGCGAACACCAAAUGCCUAACGCCAACUGAAGUUGUCGAACUCAAGAGCCUGAUCAGGCAAAUACAGUUGCACAAGAGUGCUUGGCCUUUUAUGGAACCGGUUGAUCCGGACGAGGCACCCGACUAUUACAAAGUGAUUAAGGAGCCCAUGGAUCUCAAGAAGAUGGAAAUGAAACUCGAAUCAAACACUUACACCAAGCUCGCUGAAUUUAUUGGUGAUAUGACAAAAAUCUUUGAUAACUGCCGCUAUUAUAAUCCCAAGGAGUCGUCGUUCUACAAAUGCGCUGAAGCGCUGGAAUCUUUCUUUGUGCAGAAGAUCAAAAGCUUUCGUGAACAUGUUUUCAACCAAAGCAAUUGAAAGAUAAUUGAUCAAAUUGUUGGUGCAAUUGGAUUAAGCUGGAUUUAAACAAGAACCAGAUUAGUAAUAAUAAUAAGAAAAACAAAGUAAUACACAAUUACUUUUAAACUCACAACAACAACAGCAGCAGCAAGAAAAUGAAAGCAGCAGAAACAUUUUAAUUUUUAUAUAUAGUAAACGAGAAAACUACAUAAAUUUACUACUUUAAGUAAAUAGGACUAGAUUUGUAGCAACUCCAAAAUAUUACUACUAUAACUGUAAAUAUUUAUAUAUAUGCGCAUAUAUAAAUAAAAAAUAUAUAUAUAUAAAAUUAACUGAAGCUAAAUGUAAGUGCAAUUAGCUGUGUAGUCAAGUCAGUAGAGUAUUGUAUUACUGAGAGAAAUAUGAAUAUGAAAAGAUUAAUUGGAGUAGCUAAGUUCACACACAAUUUUUAAGUUCUUUUAUGAAGAGCAAAACAAUUAACAAUUUAAAUUUAACUAAGUAGUGUUUGACUAUGUACAGCCGAAAUGAGAUGUAAAUAAACACACACACACACACAUGCAUUUGUCUUGAUACAUAUGUAUGUAUGUUAUGAGAAUAUAUCAAGCAUAAAAAAGGGAAUAUCUAUAUAUGCAUACAUAUACAUAUGUAUCUGUAGAAUUUGUACAUAUAAUAUGAAUGUAAACUGUAUUUAUAACGCGCAUAUUGCAGCUAAGCAAAUGAAAUAAACGAACGUUUGAUUCAACGA